UUCCACUUCCAUGAUUAUUCCAGGGAGUGUGAGUGUAAGGCCCAAUGCUUUUGGUUCUAAGUGCUCUUUGGCCAACAUACAUCCACACACCACGUACCUCUAUCCGAUUGGUUCUCCACAAUACUCAGGACACAUAGGGUAGAUGAUGUUGUUUGCCUUCGGUCGGUGUGUACUGCACUGGUUCAAAAGAACAACGUUAGGUUUGGGGGGAUUUGCAAGAGAGCGCGUCUGACCAGUGGUGACUUUGAGUGAGAGGGUGACGACGGUGACGAAGGUGACGACCAAAGCUGACUUUCGUCCUGUUCAGCCCAUUUUAAAGAUGUUCGCAUCAUGUUUUCCGAGACGUUGGCACAGAAGCAGCUUUGCUGCAGCCAGGGCUACACCACUUUCUGCCAAAGCUCUGCCCCAGCCGUGCAGACUGUUCACCAUGUGCACUAUGUUCAUCAUGCUGUGCCCGACGUGGUUCAUUCCAGCGUCCCUUAUGCCCCCGCUGGUGGUCUUGACCACGUUCACUGGCAUUCCGGUGGCUUCCACUCUGCCAUCGGAUCCACCAUUCCAUCCAUCCACACCGGCAGCUGGCACUCCAUGGGAUCGACUAUUCCGUCCACCGUGCACACCGUGCACACCAUGUCCAGCGCACCCAGCGGGGAUUACGUGAUCGAUCCUGGCAAUCUUGAAGACAUUCCAAUUCCGCAGACGUUGCACUGA